AUGGCAACACAAGAUGAGUUUGCAGCAGCUAAGUACCACAGCCCAGUUGCUGUCUACUGUGGGACUGUGCCCAAAUUCAAACCCGAUAGAUACACAGCUCUGCAAGGUGGAAGCAUUGAUUCGAACUUGCAGUUUUGUGGCAGCAGCUGGACCACUGAAGAAGGUGAGGAUGGAAAGGGCACCACCUCUCCCCUGGGUGGCCCGGUCGGCAAGGCGAGCAUGCAUGACCACAGCGCUGAGUAUGGAGGUGAUCUCUCCCCACUUUCUCACCAAGCCUUGCCCCAGGACCCCCAGGAGAGGGAGGUGAGCAGUGCUGCCUUGGCAACCAUUCUGAUAAAGGGCAAGCUGAAGAUGAGGAGGAUGUCUGAGGGUCUGUUAGCCUCACAGAGAGGCCUGACUGACUGCAGUGACCCUAGAGGGGUUACCCUGAAGCCAAUAGUUUCCAGGUCAGCUUCCCAGAGGCGCCUGGUAACCUCCAAGCCUGUGCCUCCCAUCCACAUCCCAUCCAGCCUGCCUUCCUCAGAGCCCAGCAGGAUGAGCAACGCAGAGCAGGAGCGUGGGGAAGAUGGCACCGGCUAUGAUGAGAGUGAUGGGAAUAACAAGCAGCUGAUGUCAGAGGGAGAAGGAUAUAAAGCUUCCCCACUGCCCUUGUAUGGCAGUGGUGUGGAUGGGAAGAAGUCACUGAGAACGGCUGUGAUUCCUCCUAUCCCCAAGUCAGCAAGACCAUCUGAUGGGGCUCCUGAGAGCGCUGCAGUGCCUCUCCCAAGCUCUCAGCAUGUGGUUUUCCAAGAGGCCCUGGAGAUGAGGCCAAGCUCAGGCAGCAGCAGUGAAGAGAAGACCCUUAAAUAUCCAGAGCUCCACACUCCAGAACCCAUCUUGCCUGUUCUCCGGCAUCGUGCUGUUGGUGGCGUGAAGUCUGCCGGACACUUACGUGCACCUGUGCACCCGUUAACAGGCCUCCCACUCAGCCAGGCCAAGGAGAUGGAUAAUAUCAUAAGCCCUCACCUUCUGAGUGACAAUGACUUGAAGGACAGCAAUGGGAAGAUCCACGUCGUCUUGUCCAAGUCAGCUCAGAAGAAAAUACAGCAGAAGCGAAUGGAACAGAUGGAGCUUUUGCGUAGAGAGAGGGAGAAAGAGAGAGAAAAGGGAAAGUCCUUGCAGCUCCCGACACAGAACGUUGACGCUGGGGAUGCAGCUGAAGAAAGCUUUAGCCUACCACCUGUCAAUGGGCCAGCUUCCAUUGCCCAGAGCACGAGCAAUGCAUGCAGAGAGCGCACUGGUUCUGCCUUGAAGAAGCGGGUCAACCGGCCCUCACUGCCCAGCAUCCCCGUCAUCAGCCAGGGUGGCAGCUCCCCACACAGCUCCUCAGCAGUAUCGCUGCCAGCCAUUACUCUGGACUUCCUGGAGUGGGGAGAAGAGGCGGAGUGUGGGAACGUCCAGGAAGCCCGAGCCUUCCCUAACCCACAGCAGGGACUGCUCAACGCGCUCGCAUGGCUCAGCAGCGAUGACUGGGAGCAGAAAGCGAAGGGACUCCUCAGCAUCAGACGCCUGGCUAUCUGCCACUCAGAAGUUCUUCUUUGUAGACUUCAUGAUGUUUCCUUGGCAGUUACCAAAGAGGUGAACAACCUCCGCUCGAAGAUGUCUCGCUUUGCCAUCGGCACACUUGGAGAGCUCUUCAGGACCAUGAAGAAGCACAUGGACCACGAGGUGGAUGAGGUUGCUCGGGUCUUGCUCCAGAAGGUGGGGGACUCCAGCAAGUUCAUUCAGAAAACAGCCAAUCGAUCCCUGGGGAUCAUGGUGGGGAGCGUGACUCCUGCACGAGCAAUGACUGCUCUCAUGGCUAGUGGAGUCCAGCACCGCAACGUCCUGGUGCGGAAGUGUGCGGCCGAACACCUCCUGACCGCAAUGGAGCAAAUCGGAGCUGAGAAGCUCCUGUCGGGCACGCGUGACAACACCGAGCUGCUGGUGUGCACGGUGGUGAAGCUUGCUCAGGACCGUCAUCAGGACACAAGGUGUUAUGGGCGGAAGAUGCUGAGUCUAUUGAUGAGUCAUCGAAAAUUUGAUCGGUAUUUGAAACAGUCUGUCCCCUCACGUGACUUGGAAGAUGUUAUGGCAACACUUAAGCAGAAAACAGCGAAGGAAGUAUUAUCACUAGAAAUAAAUUUGAGAUCUGGCUCUGAUGUACCCGUCUUACCCCACCAGACAGUCCAUCACACAUCAUUUCAGAGUAUGGAAGAAACUGAACAGCUCGAGGAGCUUUGCAACCUCUUGACAGCCAAGGAAUUUCAGACUUGUAUAGAGGGGGUGAUGCUCCUCCUCCAUCACUGCAAACAAAGCCCCAAGUUCAUCUCCGCUAACAUUGUCCAGAUUUUUGAUGGCUUUGUGCUGAGACUUCAGGAUUGCAACAAGAAAGUGAACAGGCAGGCACUGGAGGUGCUGGCUUUGAUAAUACCCUUGCUCAAAGACAGCUUACACCCCGUGCUGGUCUGUCUGGUAGCAGCAGUCACUGACAACCUCAACUCCAAGCACGCGGGGAUUUAUGCUGCAGCAGUGAAAGCGCUGGAGGCAUCCAUUUCUCACCUAGAUAAAACAUUGGUGCUGCAAGCACUUGCCCAGCGAGUGUGUUUCCUCAGCGGCCAAGCUCUGCUGGAUGUCACAGAAGGUCUCUCAGUGCUCGUGGCAUCUGUUUAUGCCCGGAAGCCCCAAGCCGUCAAGCGCUACGCCCUGCCCGUGCUCUGGUUCUUCCUGGGAAACAGGGUCCUGCCUGUCCGAAGCGGCAACGUCAGGGCUGUGGUCGCCGAGUUUGCAAAGAGCCUCUACGGAGUGAUGGGCUCCAAGCUGCAGGAGCACGCUGCCAGCCAGCCUCAGCACGUGGCAAAAAACCUCCAGGACAUUUUGGAUCGGAAUGCCGGCUGA